CUCGGAGCGGCCCCGCGGCACCACGGGUGCUGGCGGCCGCCGCCAUCUUCCUCUCCUCCGGCUCCUCCUCGCUCGGCGGGGGGGUGGGGACACUGUCCAGGUUACCAUGGAUACUACUGUGGAAGAGACAUGUUCCCUGUCUGGGAGGAACCCACCUUUUGGUAGAGAUACCAGAGAAUAGAGAUGUGAUUUGGAUGCAAUAUUAUGAGUGCGGCAAUUAAGUACUCAAGGACACAAUGUAUAGGAAGCUGGCCCCUGUUCUCUUCAGUACCACACCUCAGACAUGGAACUAAGUGAUUCAAUCAAACACAUCGAGACACAAAAAGAGAGGCGACCCCUGGGCCAGCGCGAGGGACCCGCCCGCGCCAUGACCGAGACCACCAAGACGCACGUUAUCUUGCUCGCCUGCGGCAGCUUCAAUCCCAUAACCAAAGGGCACAUUCAGAUGUUCGAAAGAGCCAGGGAUUAUCUGCACAAAACUGGAAGGUUUAUUGUCAUUGGCGGGAUCGUCUCUCCUGUCCACGACUCCUAUGGAAAACAGGGUCUUGUGUCGAGCCGGCACCGUCUCAUCAUGUGUCAGCUGGCCGUCCAGAAUUCCGACUGGAUCAGGGUGGACCCGUGGGAGUGCUACCAGGACACCUGGCAGACGACCUGCAGCGUCCUCGAACACCAUCGGGACCUCAUGAAGCGGGUGACUGGCUGCAUCCUCUCCAACGUCAACACACCCUCCAUGACACCUGUGAUUGGACAGCCCCGAAAUGAGACCUCCCAACCCAUCUACCAGAACAACAACGCGCCCAGCAAGCCCACCGCAGCCAAGAUCCUGGGAAAGGUGGGAGAAAGCCUGAGCCGGAUCUGCUGUGUCCGCCCGCCAGUGGAGCGUUUCACCUUUGUGGAUGAGAAUGCCAACCUGGGCACGGUGAUGCGGUACGAGGAGAUCGAGCUGCGGAUCUUGCUGCUGUGUGGCAGUGACCUUCUGGAGUCCUUCUGCAUCCCAGGACUGUGGAACGAGGCAGAUAUGGAGGUGAUCGUUGGGGACUUUGGGAUCGUGGUGGUCCCCCGGGAUGCAGCCGACACAGACCGAAUCAUGAACCACUCCUCAAUACUCCGCAAAUACAAAAACAACAUCAUGGUGGUGAAGGAUGACAUCAACCAUCCCAUGUCUGUCGUCAGCUCAACCAAGAGCAGGCUGGCUCUGCAGCACGGGGAUGGCCACGUCGUGGAUUACCUGUCCCAGCCAGUCAUCGACUACAUUCUCAAGAGCCAGCUGUACAUCAACGCCUCGGGCUAGCGGCCAGGGGGCGCUGUGCCCCACUCUCCCCUGGGCCUCCGCCAACACACCGGCCCCCCGCCGCCUCUGUCCAUCCCGUUUCUCUGCCGCCUCCAUUUUCCCGUCUCCUCAUCUUGACUGUUUUCCCCACCUGCUGACUCAACCCCCCACAGUGUGGGGGAACCUGCAGAGAACACCACAGCGUACCGCUCCUCCGCAGCCAUCGUUGGACAAACUCUCCUCUCGUCUCCGGGUUGGGGGUGGGUGACGGGGUCGGGGUGGGGGAAGUGCGGUCCUUGGAGAUGUGCGGGUGCCCGUCUCCCAGCAUGCUCUGGGGAGGCGGCUCUGGCCCUCGCCUUCCCAGCAUGCCCUUUACCACAAAGGGCUAUCUUUUUCCUUUCUUUCUUAUCUUUCGUUUCGUUGUUUCGUUUGUUGGUUGUUGUAGUUGUUCACUCCUCAUAGAACUUGGAUCAAAUCCGUGUCCGCGGUUCUUUAUGUCUGUCGCCUUGUUGCGUCUCUGCGGCAUUCCUUCCCUUUUGACAGGAUACCCGCAGCCAGGCCUCAGCUCUCAGAAAGUUGCGUGAGGGCUAUGCCCGUUGAACCAGGCCGAGACAACCCCCACCCAUCUACCCGCUUUCUCCCCGCCUCCGCCCUACACACACACAGCAGUCUGGGGUCAAGACUGAGACGUUCAUGUUCUGAAACCUGGGACGCAAGUCUGGGAGUAGUAGGGUUGCUCAGAAGGAUUUGAGUCCAUUUCAUUAGUUUCCGAAGACCUCUCCUUUUUGAUGCUCUGGACUUAAGGAUCACCUAGAGCUGGUUCCUUCUCAUUUCUUGGUGGCAUCGGUUCAGGUACUUAUUUGAGCUGUGACUGACAGGGUUGUUCCCUGUCAGCUCCGACCGUUACCAAGGGACCUUCAGAUCACCAUCAAAGCCCUUGGAGGCCAGACUUAGUCACAUUCCUACAUCUGAAAAGAAACACGUAUGUAAGGCCGAGUCCUAAAAAUGCAGCCAUUUCUGAAAUAAACAUGCUAAGAGUUCACUCAAGCUAGAGGUCUUUGCUAAUUGGAAUUAUUUAUUGCCUGUUUGGCUGGGAAAUAUCUCUGUCGUAAUGUAAAUCCAGGAUGACCUAGGAGAAAGCGAUUCCCAUUUCCCGGUGGGAACUAGUGAUUCUCACCCACUCUAGUUUGGUAACAGAAAUGGCGCCCGAGGUCAGUUCCUUCUUGAGAAGCAGAGCCUCAGCGUUUUUUGUGGGUUUAGGGUUACGACUCAUGCUGAACCCAGAAGCCACAAUCAUAGCCUGAGGAAGCCUGCCUGGCAGGACCAUGACUCUCAGAACAGACAUCUGGAGGGAUUGUCAAGAGCCACUAAACUCAUUCACCCCUUUUGUCCCCAGUUUCCCACCUGCCUCUGGUGCUCUGGAAACAGUUUUGACAGACUCUGUUCUAGCUGUUCAGGUCUCAUUCAGGUCCUGCCUGGAGAACCGAAAGGAAAUUACUCUCUUCUGCUCUGUUUCUCUCGUCCAGUCUCUUGGCUCUUGGGUUUUUGAUUCUUUGAGAAAUGGUCCCCAAACUGUAGGAUAAUUUUGUCGAUAUCUAGUACCAGCCCUGGCCUGGGAGGUAUUGGGUGGGAUCUGAUGCCAGGAACAUCUGUAGCGUCCUUCAGUAGCAUCCUCCAGGAAAAGAAAUUCAACAGAAGAGUAGCAUGGUUGCAGGGGGUGGGCUUAUCCUCUUGGAUAAUGGAAAUAAUCUCCAAAGGACAAAAGUAAGAUACUGUUCUUGGCUCUCGGUGUUCAGCUAAGAAUCAUGGAAUCUGAGAAGAUCUUUAGAGAUUAAUUGAGCCAAGGUGUUUUUUAGAAGCUGAGGAAGCAGAGAUCCACUGAAUUAAAUGACUGGUGCAAGGUCACACAGCAAGUGUAAAGCCUGACAAAAGGCUAAUGUUUUCCUGACCAUUAGGUCAUCACACCACAUGAUCUCUGCUCCUUUGAUUCCCCACGAUACUGACCAGAUAAGAGGCAGCUUUCAGUCUUUACCUGGCAUCUUUCUCUUAACUUAUGUUGUCCCAGGUGCUCCCUGUAUACAGCCUUGGGUAUGCUAGUCCUGGCAGGGAGGAUGUGAUGGUGAGGAAGGCUGUAGCUAGGUUUCCCUUGGAAAUGAACUGCUACAAAUGGCAAUGGCUUAGAGGAAAUCUGAAUCCAAGAAAGGAUUGCUUUGUGGAAGGCAAAGACCCAGAAAGUGCUCAAGAUUGCACUAGUGCUAGGGAGAGAAAGACAGAAGUACCUUUGUCUAUGCAAGGCGUUCAGAAGCCAGGAAAUGAUACAAAGGAAAUCAGGGAGCUGGAUUCCCUGGGGUAGCACGCAUCAUCAGGAUAUGAAGUUUAUGGGUAGAGUUUAUUCUGAAGAUCCACGUGGUCAGAUCCGAGAAAGACCAGCUGUCUUUCAUUUCUUUGGUCCACUCUUUCUUUGCUGGGCUCUGUGGUCAAGCCCCAUUUCGUUCAUGACCCCUGAGAAGAAACAGGGCUGACUCUCGCGGCAUUCAGUGUGGGGAUGGAAAGCACAUUUGUAGGGAGAGUGAGAUGAGCUAAAGAAAAUAACAGGGAUAAAAGUGGACUUCUAGGAAUGAAAUGAGGCAGAGUCUAUCUUGGUGAAUCAAUCACAAGGAUCAUGAUAAAAUAGCUUUCCUUUAAUACAAGGAAAAGUGACUCCCCUUUUGGAUGGAAGUCCAUUUCCUGCCCUGCCCCCUUCUUCACUUGCUACAGGGAGGUCAGAUCCCCUCUUUCAAUCCAGGGCAGGACACAUGACUGUGACCCAGCCAAGGCCAAUACCAGAGAGAUGACUCAGAGUUGGAAGUGGUGUCCCCAGGUGCUCACAGGAUGACCUCCAGGUCCUGACUUCCAGCUUGAGGUCCUGCUGCUUCCUACAAUGGCUGACCCAAAGGUUCAGAGAUUGUGAGAAAGGCAUGGGCUAGAAUGGCUGUCUCAAGAGGGGGUCUGGAGCCUCAUUUCCUGCCUACUGAUAAAAAUGUCUCUCCCGCUUGCAUGAAAGUGGCUGAUAUGUAAGAACAGGCACGAGGGAAACCCUUCGUGUCAAUGACUCUCUCCUCAAGGAAUGGCCCUCUGGGGGGGUGGUGUCUGUGCUGCUAGCGGGUACCUCAUUCACCACCUCCCUCUCCCACCCAGGCAGCCUUUGGGGCCUUCUUGCUUUCAUUUUCCUUGAAUGUACAUGGGAACAGGGGAGGAAAGUCUCUUCCUGAAGUGCCUGAAACCCAGAACUGGAGCUUCUAGAGAAGCUGUUCUUCCUGUCCCGGCUUGGCCAACCUUUCUCCCACGUUCCCUAAUCUCCUGCUCCAGCUUCUCAGAAAGAACAAAAGAACAUGAUCUUCUAAUUCAAUUGGAAGUGAGACUCCAUAAUCAAACUACAGCAAGAGGCAGAGAAUUCAGGGAGAAAUGACUUGUAUUUUACAAGCCCAAAUCUACUCCCCUAAACAGACAGACAGACACACACACACACGCUCUCUCUCUCUCCCUUACUCUUUCUCUCUCUCUCAGAUUAAGAGAGAGAAGCAUGUUAUUAUAUUUUAUUCAUCAAAAGAGUAAUUCAAAAAUAAGCCAGUAUGUGAAAAGCUCAGGAUCUUUUCCAAUGUGAAGGCGGGCAGGUGAGAGGGGAAGGAUGGGUCCAGGGAUGGAUUUUGUAGCUCAUCCAAUCCGGACACCUUAGGAACAGCAUCAUGGUAAAGGUGAUGAAUGUAUUCUGUCCAUUUUGUUUGGUUUGCACCUCCCUAUAGCUGCCCAGUAAAUGCAAUUUUUCAAGUGGUUUCUUUGUUGAGUAUGUUUGGAAUGUUCUAUUAGCCUGCAACAGUCAGUUAGGAAUGAGUUACUCUCUUUCCCUCCUCCUUCAGUCUAGGCCUGGGGCCCCAACCUCAGCUUGAUGCUAGCAGUCUCAAGGAUUGGCAUGGGAAGAGGGAAGCUUUUUUGAAUCACUUUUUUGGUCACUGAAUCUGCCAUUUUAAGAAUAAGAUUUGCUUUAUGGAAAUCAACACAUUAAUAAAUACUACAUUGAAGUUGCAACACCUUCUCACAGUGCAAUAUUUUGAGUAAAAUUUGUUGCUAGAAUAGUCACAGACAAAAGUUUUAUCAGCAAAAUGGUUCAACUACGUUAAUAAAUAAGAUGAUGCUACUAGAGCCUGUGUCUUGGUCUAGAAUCUUCUCUGUGAGUUGCAGAAUUAAUCACUUUUUCUUCACAGUCUUACUUGACAGGAGCCAACAGUUGUUAAGAAUGCUCUUAUAGCAGGAGAUUUUCUGCUUGGUUUAGCUAAAGUCACAUGUGUAAAAUGAAAGUAUACACAACCACACCCAUAAGCAGGGAAGAAUAAUUAGCAAAUUUGUUCAAUUGUGCCUAAGUUUUCUCAGUUUUUUUUUUGUUUUUUUUUUAAUGAAAUCUUCGGUUCUACCUAACCUGCACAGUCUGGUAUUGGUUAGCUUUGGAUCCUUGAAGAAGUUAGUUCUUUGUGAAUUAAAAAUGUAUUUGUGAAAAUUAAAAACUUAAAAAACUUACUUCUUGACAUAAAGGAUAUCAAGUAAGACAGAAAUUGUUAAACUCAUAAUUGGUUUUGUUUGGCAAAGUUAACAAGCUAAAAAUGAAUAA